AUGAAGCGCCAGAAUGUGCGCACGCUGUCUCUUAUUGUAUGUACCUUGACGUACCUUCUCGUUGGUGCUGCAGUUUUUGAUGCCCUCGAAUCAGAUAAUGAGAUGCAACAGGUCGCACUCGUCCAACGGAUACGACGGCGGCUACUCGACAAGUACAACAUGUCCGAAGCUGAUUAUGAUAUUUUGGAGGCCACAAUCGUCAAAGGCGUCCCGCAUAAGGCCGGCUAUCAAUGGAAGUUCAGCGGGGCCUUCUAUUUUGCAACCACUGUAAUUACGACUAUAGGAUAUGGGCACAGCACGCCGAUGACCACCGGCGGGAAGACGUUUUGCAUGUUCUACGCGCUGGCGGGGAUUCCGCUCGGGCUGGUGAUGUUCCAGAGUAUCGGUGAACGCAUGAAUACGUUUGCCGCGCAGCUGUUGCGUUUUGUGCGCCGGAUCUCGGGGCGGAAGCCAGAGGUAACCCAAAUGGACCUAAUCUUUAUCGCCUCCGGCUGGGGCACCUUUUUGAUCGCGGCCGGCGCAUGGGCCUUUCAUCGCUACGAGGGCUGGUCGUAUUUUGACUCAAUCUACUACUGCUUUACGACGCUGACGACGAUAGGUUUUGGCGAUUUUGUGGCCCUGCAAAAAGACGGGGCUCUCCAAUCCAGGCCGGAUUACGUCGUCUUCUCGCUGGUGUUCAUCAUGUUCGGGCUGGCCGUCAUUUCGGCCGCGAUGAAUUUGCUGGUGCUCCGGUUUUUGACGAUGAACACGGAGGACGAGAAACGCGAUGAAAGAGAAGCCUUACUAGCAGCUCGAGGGCUGGUCCGCGUCGACUCAUCAGAUGAAGAGGAGACAGCAUUCGGGCGGGGUGCCGAUGAUGAGGUGUCGAUCUGCUCGUGCUCAUGCUAUCGGCUCCCGUACGGCGAAAUUCGACAGCGCCAACGCAUUCAGCGCGACUCGAUCAAGGCCGACCGGAUGGCCGGCGAGCCGGCACAACCCUCACCCCUACUCACCCAUCGGCCACAUCAACAA